CCUCCCUGCCUGACUUCCUCUCUGCCUUCUUGCCUCCCUGCCUGUCUGUGCCUCCCUGCUUUCCACCCUGCCUCCCUGCCUGCUUUCCUCCCCGUCUCCCUCCCUCCCUGCCUCCCUUAUACUGAAAUAAAGACUUGUAUUCAUUUGAGCCUUUUGAGAAUUGCCAGCAAGUGUCAUGAUGCACUGAGAUGUUGAAUUCCUGUGAAUUCACACAGGUAACAGUGGAUAUUACAAGCAGGAGCUUGGAUGAAAUUUCAAGGCCUGCAUCUAGCUCUAGACCUAAUUGUAGAUCUUUAAAUACAUCCAUGGAUUUAUUAACACCAGAACCAUGUUUGCAAAAGGUUGAUUCACCUGUCAGUUUGGCUGAUGGUUAUCAGAGAGACAGUCUAGAAGUUGGCUGUCCAGCAGAAAACAAAGGUGAUGACAGAGAUAAAUCUGAUGUCCAGGAAAUAAGAACUGAUCAGCAAACAGUGGAGAGCAUGACCUUCUCUCUUCACAAGUAUCUGUGGAAUCCUGAUGAGUUGUCAGGAUGUAGCUCUAAUUCAGAUUCUCAGGAUGAAAGCACUGAAACACAGAUGUCGAAAUUCUGUGAACUUUCCCCAGGACAACCAAGUAAUGCAAAGUCAGAUUUUACUUCACAAACUUUGAAACCCUGUGAACCUUCCCCAGGAAAACCAGACUCUUCUGACUUGGAAUGUUCUGAAGACACAGAUAUAAAUGCUCAGAUUCAAGCAGCUAUAAAGAAAAUGAAUAAACUUGACACAAUACUUGAAAAACAGAGUUUUAAAGAAAAAGUAGUUAAAAAGCGAGGCAGAGAAAUGAGAGCAAUGCUCUGGGAAGAACUUCAGUGUAUCAGCACCACAGGAAGCCACGAGGAGGUGGAAAACACAAACCAGUUUUUAGCUGUGUUCUCCUCAUGGCAUGAUACAGCUGAUACCUCCCAUGCUAAAGAAGAUGAAAUAUGUACUUCAGUAUUUCACACACACACAAAUCCUGAAGGUUAUGAUUGCCAUAAAGCCCAAGAAAACCAGGAUAAUCCAAGUGAAUUAGAAACAGAAAAAACAGCAGAAAAAAUGCAUAGCAAAAAUGAAACCAACCAGCAUUUCAUUAAAAAGAACAUUGAGCUAGCAAGGGAUUCAGGAAACCAAUUUGUUAUGCUUGAGGGAGAAAGGAAAAGGCUAACUGAACUAUUGAAAGAUACAGAAGAUGGAUCUGAAUUGCAAGAUCUUGAGGAUAAUGUAGCUGUCUGGCAGGCACCAGGAGAAGGGUACACACCUGAACUGAUGGAAUUUCAUCUCCUGCAUGAGAUAGACAGUAAGCUUCAACUGCUGCUAUCUGAUGGGGAGUUUCCUGCUCUUUCCAGCUCUAGCUCAAGAUGUUCAAGCCAGAUAUAUCAGGAGCCUCUGGUUUAUGCAAAUAGAAGCCUAGAAACAAUUCCAGGUGAGAAGGUUCUACGGGACAAUAAGGAAAAGCGUGAUCAACAGAAUCGUCUGAAAGAAAUAGAUUAUCAGCUGGAAUGCCUAGGGAGAAGUCUUACUGAAGAACAAACGAGCCUCUCUGAAGAGCAGCUUAAGACCCUUCUGGAAGAAUGUAUGCAGCCUCAGAGAACAAUAAGUAACGUUACCAUGCCACAGUCUCAGGAAUCUCUUUCUUUUGGAUUAAGUCCCCCUUGUUACACAAGUCAAGACUCCACUCUUCACUCCACAUCUAGUCUUUCCAAAAUGUUAGUUGAAGACCAUAUUGUAGGGAUGUUAAUGGCUCAGGAAAAGGCUGGACUCGAAGACAAAAGCUUAUGUGUUAAUGCAGAGAGCAAAAUCCCUGGCUACUAUAUCAGCAAAGCAUUGGCUGGUAGUCACUUAUCAAAGGAUUCACUGGCCCAAACAGAGGAACCUGAUGACCUAGAAGGUUUACAGAAGAUGGAAGAUAAGAGUAUUACUGAAGGUUACUUUAUGUCAAGAGCACUCAACACAAAAAGAUUGAAGAAACCCUCUUUCUUGGGUGAACCAUUAUAUUGCAUCAGCAUGAACAAUGAGCCAUGCACAGAGGCUGACAUUCUCAGCAUACCACUGCAAACCAAAGGAGGUGACUCAGUUCUGUCUGAAGAAAUUAGUCCUGGACAUAGGCCAAAAGUUUGCAGGAGCUUGCAGUCUGUCUGACUCAGAGUCCUGACUCAGUGAAGCAUCCCAUUACUCAGUUUUUUGCCCCGGGGCUGUCUGUUGGCUGGACCCCUGGUUUGCUUGAAGGCUGGAAUUGCACAAGUGUUCUGCUGGAUGAGAACAUCAGCACUAGUCUGCUCAGGUCUGCCUGAUUCUUGUCUGGGAAGACGGUAACCACACAGCAAACAUCUUCUAGCUAAGAAAUGCAAUUAAAUGAGGAAAGGUGGCAGCCCCUGGUAAAGGCUUGGUGGGAGUAAAAGUGGAGGAAUUCAGAAGUUUGCCUUAGCAGCUACUGGGUUGUGAAACCGUAUAGUGAUGGGGGAAGGGUAAUGCAGCUGGUUUGCAUUUGAGAGAAUAGUAACAAUUCAUUACAGGUUUUUGAUUGUCUAGUAUUUUUUCCUGAUUUUUCUCUUAUUUACUCAGCUGAUGGUUGGUUUCCCAUUUCAUGUGCUGCAAUGUCAGAAUAAGAAAACAUUAUUAAAAAAACAUGGUUCAUUUUUGAAAGUCUUUUUGAGUGGGGAAAGAUACUCUAGCAAAGAAGACUCAACAGAUUUAUUCCAUUGACAAACUCUCAUGUGACUUCUUGACCUAAAAGGACAAAUUAUUUCUCAGAUCCUAUACCUAUAGUC